UAAAAUUAUGGCCCAGUGUAAGCCGAUAGGCUAUACCCAGUCAGAAGUCCCAAACCCAACAACUCAACCGGUAGAAAACCUUCUUCGGUUCUUCUCCUUCCUGAACUCGCCAAGGUCGCAGAGAACGCAGAGCGAAGAAGGAAAACGAGCUCCGACUGACCGCGGCGUGCCUGCGCGGCGGCACCCACUCCCUUUCCGCCUGUCCACCGCUUGCGUCUGCCCGAUUCCACGACUACCCGCCUACUCGCCUAAAAUUAAUGCUGACAUGCUGUGGGUUUGAAUGAAAAGCUGGUGAAGGCCAAGAUAUGCAAUAGAAUCUUUAUCGAUAUCUAAUUGUGCAGUCAACUAAUACUUAACUGCAUGAGGAGGGUGACAGCUUGACACUAAUAUGUGGCUCUAUCGUGGGAAAACCCUAUUCUUGCGAAAAUUCACUCAAUCAAACUCGGGUUUUCAGUCAUGUUUUUUCUCAGACUUCUCUCACAAGAAGUCGAAGCUUGCCCCACUACAGGAGCGAAGGAUGAUAGACCGUUUCCGAAUAUGGGCUAAAGGUGGUGAUGGUGGAAAUGGCUGUAACAGCUUUCGUCGUAGCCGUCAGGAUCGUUUUGGAAGACCUGACGGCGGAAAUGGUGGGCGAGGAGGUGACGUCAUCUUAGAAUGUUCUCCCGCAGUUUGGGAUUUCAGCAGUCUGCAACAUCACAUUAAUGCAAGAAGAGGGGGACACGGAAGUUCUAAAAAUAUGAUCGGAAGCCGGGGCACUGACAAGGUUGUCCAAGUACCAAUUGGUACUGUAAUUCAUGUCGUUGAAGGAGAACUUCCUUCUGCAGUUCAGAAGACUUCUUCAACAAUGUUGGACCCCUGGGAUAUUCCGGGCACACUUGCUGCCGCGAAUUCAUUCCAAUCCUCUCCACAACCCCUUCCACCCUACAAUCUAAUCGAAACCACUUCCAGGAUAUCACAUCCUCAUGUUGAUGACAUAUCUCAUAUGCAAGAUGAAUCUUCUGUCCAUUUCAUGGAAAAUUUAGAUAGUCAUGAUGCUCUGUCAGGAAAAGAUUUGGAGGAGGAGGGAAGCGAUAACAUGGAAUAUGAUGUAGCAGAGUUAACAGAACCGGGCCAACAAAUAAUUAUUGCUCAGGGAGGGGAGGGUGGUUUCGGUAAUUUGUCCACAGGGAAGACAUCUCCAAUGAAAAAGCUGAAGGUGAACAACAAUCCUGAUACUGCUGAUGAAGAAGAAGCAGAAACAAUAAGUAGCACAGGUUUCCCGGGAUCCGAGACUGUUCUUGUGUUGGAGCUAAAGAGCAUUGCUGAUGUUGGCCUUGUCGGGAUUCCAAACGCCGGGAAAAGCACCCUUCUUGGAGCUCUAUCAAAGGCAAAACCCGCGGUGGGUCACUACGCAUUCACAACGCUGCGUCCAAAUUUAGGAAACGUGAACUACGAUGAUUUUUCGGUCACGGUGGCUGACAUUCCUGGACUCAUUAGUGGGGCCCAUGAAAACAGGGGACUUGGGCAUGCGUUUCUUAGGCACGUAGAGCGUACUAAAGUUUUGGCAUACGUUGUGGACCUCGCGGCGGCCAUUGGUGGUAACAAAGGAAUAGCACCAUGGGAGCAGCUAAGGGAUUUGGUUUUGGAACUCGAGCACUAUCGCACGGGCUUGUCUGAUCGGCCAUCCUUAAUUGUGGCAAACAAAAUUGACGAGGAUGGAGCUGAAGAGGUUUGUGAAGAGCUCAAACAAAGGGUACAUGGUGUUCCUAUUUUUCCGGUAUGUGCUGUUUUAGAGGAAGGUAUCUCCGAGCUAAAAGAUAGACUUAGAUUGCUUGUUAACGGUAUAGAGUCGUGCCGGUUGAAAUUAGAGAACAUUUCACUCGAUUAGGGGUAUAAUGCACAGGCCUUGACUUUAUCGUUGCCAAUAUUUUAUGCAAGUUUUUUUCUUGUUUAUUCUUUCCUUUAUCUUUAGAAAUAAAAUGCACGUGAUGCCAUUUACUUAAUGGGCGUAUUUGUUUUGCUAAAUACAAGAUGCACGGUACAAUAAUAGUACACAAAAUAAUAAGAAAAGUAUUGUUGCUCAAAAUUUGAUCAUAAA